UUUGAAACUGUUUUGACAAUUGCUUUUGAUACUCUAUGGUGUAUUUCCCAUUAAAUUAUAUUUCCAAAAAAUUAAAUGGAUUGUAUACUUCCGAAUGAUGAGUUGUAUAUAUAACAAAAAUUUAGUGUUGCCAGUUAUAAAUCAACAUGAAUCACUAGAGGAGAAAAAUUUGAACAUAAUUAUAAUUAGUGGACAAGAUUCAUUGAAAAUAAAAAUUAGGGAUCCCUCGGAAUACACAUUCAAUUACAGUGAAAAUAUUGAUCUAGGGAAUUACGAAUUAAUGAGACUUAAACAAAAUUUGGAUAUAAAUUUUAAUGAAUUCAAAACUAAUUUAUUGGAAAUGUUAGCGCAAUUGCAAAAAAGGGAAAUGUUUUUACGAUGCGAAACCUCGGACCAACUUUGUACCAUGGUAUUUUUCAAUAAAUCAAAAAUUAAGUCAAUUAUCUACCUCACUGUAGAAUUACAUGCAGCAAAUCAGAAAGAAGUUUUAGAUGAAAUGAUCAAUAGUUUACAAUGUGUUAAGGAUUCAAAUGAAAAACUCCAAUUACAAAUGACCUGCAUGAAAAAAUCAAUAGCCGAUAAGGAUAAGGAAAUAAAGCAUCUUAAUACUAUCAAAUAUAAUAUGGAAAAAAAUUUUCAUGGUAUUAUAAAUGAAGUUGAAGAACUGAUUAGCACUAAAGCAAGAGAGGUUGAAUGUCUUCUCCUAAGGCGAAUCAAAUUUGUAGCUGAUAGAAUCAUUAAAAUACUUAAUAAUGUAAAUAGUUUACAACAUGAUACACAUUUAAGGAUCAAUUCUACUACAAGUCUAUUAAAAAAUAUGGAACGAUUAAAAAUAGAGAAUAGAGAGAACUUAACAUCAAUAGAACAUUUAAGGGAAGAAAAUAAUAUUUUACAAGCGGCAAAACUAAACUUGGAAAAAAAUUUGACUAGUAUAAGGAAUGUCUUGACUGAAAGAGAAAUUAUGAAUAGAGAACUUCAAAAUAAAAAUGAAGAGUUACAGUCAGAUAUGGAAAAAGCAACUAUUGUACUUGCUCAAAAAAAGAGCACCGUUGAUGAGUUAACCAAAGACUUAGUUCAAGCAAAUCAAAUGUUGGUUAAUUUCAAUCACCAUUACGAUAUUAAAGUGAAAGAACUGGAAAAUAUGCAAGCACAUCUUAUUAAUAAAAAUCGACAGAUAGAGGAAGAAAGAGCUAAACAUUUUGAACUUCAAGGGCAAUUUGAAAACUAUAAAAUAAAGUAUAAUGAAGAAAUUCAAGAAAAUAUGAAAAGAGAUUUAUGCAUGGCACAGAAUAAAAUUGAAGAAUUAGAGCAGGCACUUAGAAAAGCAAACAAAAUUAAUGCCCUAUUAUCCGAGAAAGUGAACAAAAUAACAAGAUAGAUGUAAUUAUCCAAACAAUUUCAUAAGUAUAAAUAACAUAUAUAUUCCAGUUUACUAUUAUUGUAAGAUGUUAAGUUUUCAAUUAUUAUAUUUUUAAUAUUAUUUUAUGGAAUAAAAUACUUAUUUUUGUAUUAGGACGACUUAUUUAUUUAAGUUUUGAAAUGACAUCAUUAGUUGAACAAAUCAACUGAAGGUUACUGAAUUGUACAAUAUAAUAUAAAUUAUUAAAAUUUUUAUUAUUUUAAUAUCAUAAUUUCAAACACAUCUCUUCAUAAAAAUAAAUUUUAGUUAAUAUAUCUAAACACAAUUAAGAGUUGAUCCAUGUUAUCUUAAUAUAUGUACUUUUUAUCUUAUGUCUUUUUAGGCGUUGAAUUUUAAUUUAGCAUCACUCAUUUUUUAACCUUUAUUUUCAGUCCCUCCAAAAUUUUCCUUCAUUAUGUCAUAUCUUAUCAAUCCAUAGUUUCCUUGGCCCCCAGUUUUUGCUUUUUUACUUGUUUUAUUACCUUUAUCAUUUUCCUGUCCAUUUUUUGAAAAGUUGAGGUGCUAAACUACUACGAUAUACACAUUUAUUGUUUUAUGUAGGAACCGUUAAUAAUACAUGAGAUUAGAACAAUGG